AUGGCCGCACUCAAGGCCGAGUCCGAAGGAACGGGAGGACAGUCGUUAACAUCUAAACCUCAACCAACAUCAGCUCAUCCCAAUGCCGCGCCAUCAACAGUAUACAGCAUAUACAGCCCUCGGGAGAAAUGGAUUCUUGUCGGUAUUGUGGCUGUCUCCGGUCUCUUCAGUCCGUUGCCGGCCAACAUUUACUUUCCCGCCAUCCCGAAACUAGCUGUUGUGUUUGACCGGUCCAUCGAGGACAUCAACCUGACUGUCACGGUUUAUUUGGCAAUGCAAGGAAUUUCGCCAAUGCUAUGGGGCCCGCUAUCUGAUCGCUAUGGAAGACGGCCGCUAUAUCUUCUCUGUCUACUGAUACUCUUUGGGUCGACUAUAGGAUUGGCACUCUGUCCAGUCUCUCAGUUCUGGCUACUGCUCCUCCUUAGAGCACUCCAAGCGGGGGGUUGUGCAAGCACUAUUGCGCUUGGUGCUGGGGUGGUCGGCGACAUUGCCUCUGUUGACCAGCGUGGAGGGUUCUUCGGUUUCUUCAACCUGGGCCCAAUGCUGGCUCCAUGCAUUGGGCCAGCUAUCGGGGGUGUGUUGUCUGAGCAUCUUGGAUGGAGAAGCAUAUUUUGGUUUCUCGCUAUAUUCUCGGCAGCAUGCUUUAUCCUGAUUCUACUCUUUCUUCCUGAAACAUUGCGAGCUUUGGUGGGGAAUGGAAGCAGACAACCAAGUCAGAGACUCCUUCGGCCGAUGAUCCCAAUCUUGGGCAAAGCCGAAACCAACAGCUUCCCCACAGAUGACUACCAAAGGGAUGGGACCAGGAAACAAGGAUCAGCAAAUCCCUUUCGCCUACUAACAUACACGGAUAUCCUAUUAACACUAGCAUACACUGGCAUCGUGUACGCGGUAAAUUACACAAUCACGUCAACCAUCUCGUCCUCGUUUAGCGCCAUAUAUCCUUUUCUGUCAGAGACCGAUCUCGGGCUUUGCUAUUUGCCUACCGGCGUGGGUAUGAUACUUGGGUCUACCAUCACUGGGAAGGUUCUAGACUAUGACUACGCCAAGAUGAAGAAAAGACUCGAUAGUCAACACCAGCAGAGUGAAUCUGAUGUGCCCAACGACGAGGACAACCCUGACAUCCCGCUGGAGCACACUAGACUGCGGACUGUACCGGCUCUAUUGAUCAUUUUUGUGGGCUGCAUCAUUGCAUGGGGCUGGUGCAUCCAGAGCAAAACCCAUAUCGCCGGGCCGCUGGCUUUGCAAGUGGCGAUUGGAUACACCUCCAUAUCCAUUCUUAAUUCGACCAUGACUUUGAUGAUUGACGUUGUGAGGUCGCAAAGCUCCGGGGUGAUUGCAUGUACAAACCUGGUUCGUUGUUCACUUGCCGCCCUUUUGGUCUCUUUGAUAGACAAAUCCACACAGAGCUUGGAAUAUGGAUGGACCUACACUCUUCUAGGGGGGAUUUGUGCUUUGCUACUUGGACUUAUCUACACAGAAAUAGAGCUGGGACCAAAAUGGCGCAAGAAGCGCGGCGAGUCCAAGGAUCUGGGUUCUUGA